AUGACAACUAUACGCAAAAAACUGGUGAUAGUUGGCGAUGGUGCUUGUGGAAAAACUUGUCUUCUUAUAGUCUUCAGUAAGGAUCAAUUUCCUGAAGUUUACGUUCCCACCGUCUUCGAAAAUUACGUAGCUGACAUCGAAGUCGACGGCAAACAUGUAGAACUUGCGCUUUGGGAUACAGCUGGUCAAGAAGAUUACGAUCGUCUCCGUCCUUUAUCUUAUCCUGAUACCGAUGUCAUAUUGAUGUGCUUCUCUAUCGACAGCACUGACAGUUUGGAAAAUCUUGCUGAAAAGUGGUGUCCGGAGGUAAAGCACUUCUGUCCGAACGUACCCAUUUUGGUUGUGGGUAACAAACGUGAUCUUCGCGAUGACGAUGUGGCCAUUCAUGGUCUCACUAAGAUGCGACAGGAAAUUGUCCAACCCGAGAGAUGUAGAAUGAUGGCCGAAAAACUAAAUGCCUAUGCUUACCUGGAGUGCUCUGCCAAAACAAAAGACGGAGUCAGGGAAGUGUUUGAGACAGCUGCUAGAGCGGCUCUCUACACGAAACGAAAAGGCAAAAAGACGUGUGAUACGCUCUAG